GUUUCGGGGCGUGGCCAGAGAUGGUUCGCGUAUCAACCGCAGACUUGCUGUUGGGAUGACACGAUGAACAGUUUCUCGCUUUUGGGUUAGAUUACUGGCCGCCGGGUUCGUUGGUUUUUUCUCUCCUUCCUUUUAUUUUCUCUUGUAUCGUUCGGGGAGAGUUUUGCUUCCCACUUUUUAUUCGGAAAAGGAUUUUUGUCAUCAUGCGAAGAUCAGCUGCCGUGUUCUUGCUGCUGUCGCUUCUGAAAGCGUCGGUGUGUAUCCAGGUGAAUGUUCCUGAGACGGAGCGCAGCACAAUGCUGUUUUCCUCCGUCACCCUCCGGUGUGACUACUCCACCUCUGCAAACCUCCAAGAAGUCCUGCUCACUUGGAGGUUCAAGUCCUUCUGCAAGGACCCCGUACUGGAGUACUACUCCUCAGCGUACCAGUCUGCGCUACAGCUGGGACAGGACCCGGCCAACGAUUGUCCGGACCGCCAGCGGACGGUGCGCACGGUGAUCCAGAGGAGAGGGAACAGCCAGCCGACGCUGGGAUCAGAGUACCGCGAGCGCAAGAUCACCAUCCAAAACACUGCUGACCUGGUGAUCACUGAGGUGAUGUGGUGGGACAACGGGGUGUACUUCUGCACCGUCGAUGCCCCUGGAGACACCACGGGAGACUCUGACAAGGAAGUCAAACUCAUCGUUUACCACUGGUUGACAGUGCUGCUCAUCGUCAUCGGAGCCCUCCUUCUGAUCAUCCUCUUCGGUAUCUGCUGCUGCCAGUGCUGCCCUCAGAAAUGCUGCUGCUAUGUUCGCUGCCCCUGCUGCCCACAACAGUGCUGCUGUCCGGAAAAAGCGGUGAUGCAGCAUCGUAUGAUGAGGGACGCCCAGAAGGCCAUGGCGCCCUGGAUGGGGGGACAGCCGGUGUAUGGACCAAUAAGCCCCAGCCCCUCCCAGAUGAACCCGCUGCUCUACUCCGGAUCUUCUUCAGGGAAGAGCUACCCGAUGAAGCCCAUGCCCCUCCCUCCCCCCCAGUCUUCAGCUUACAGCGCGCCGGCUCCCAGUGUCCACGGCACACACACCCCCGCCAACUCCAAUCACAUGCUCGAUUACCUGGAGAACCAGGUGCGGGGGCUGGACAUGGCGACUCCUCUGCUACAGUCCCAGCCUCCUCCUCCCCAGCACAUGCAGCACAUGCAACACAUGCAGCACAUGCAACACAUGCAGCACAUGCAGCACGUGCAGAACAUGCAGAACAUGCAGAACAUGCAGCACGUGCAGAACAUGCAGCAGAUGCCACCACCUCCCCAGCACCUGCUACACGCCCCAUUUUCCCCCGGCCCUCCCAGUAUGAUCUCUGCCCUUGAAGAUGGCCCAACAGAGCGCCGCGUCAUCACACUUCCUCCUAUCAGAGAGCAGCCGCCGGCCAGGAGCCGACCCGCUGCACCCAGAACCCGGCCCCCGAGCUCCAGCGCGAGCAGCCGCAGCGGCUUCAGCCGUCAUGACGAGCAUGGGGAGGCGAGCAGGCGUCACCCCUCCCACGCCCGGUCCACAGGGAUUCCCAGGAGCUACAGCGAGGAGUCACUAGACGGGCGACGUCACAGCGGGCCGAGAGGAGGCAUGGACCGACCCCGCUCCCGCUCCAGGGACGACCUGUUUGACAGCAGGUCCAGAGAAAACUACUCUGCCCCGGCAUCACGGCACGCCGCUGGAGGGUCCUGGAGCUCGGACGAUGAGGGCAGCAGCAGGAGAGGAGGCGAAGGCUUCGCUGAGAAACCUCCCAACUACUCCGAGUACGAACCUGGACAGAAACCGGGAGCACGGAAGAACCAGCGCUACUCCGACAAGAGCUCUCGGAGUGGUACCAGCGUCGUCAUCUGAGCCCUCCAGCUGUGAAAUGCACUGCAACAUCUGGUUCAGAGAACACCAGCACAGAACUGGGAGACUUGUUGUCUGGCUACUGGUAAACUUUUGAAUGCCAACAUUUUAGUUCGAGUUAAAGUGAAUCAUGAACACACUCUUUCAUUAUAUUCUGGCAGAAGGAUUCACAAAAUGUGAGAUUGAAUGUGUUCAUCAAAGUGUGAAGGUUGCAAAGAAAAUGCACGUGUGGAAACCUAUUUGGUAGCCAAUACAUUAUAAUAUCAUUGUUCUUUUUAAAAGUAAGUCAGGUUUUACCACUGAACAGAUUUUCUGAAUAAAUCUCACUCUCUGCUGGUUCAGCAGUGCAAUAGAAAUCUGUAGAAGAGUUUAGGACUAGAAUCCUGUGAAAUUAUUCCUUCAUGUGCCUUUUUAAUAGUUGUUUUACAUUUUCUCUUGAUUUCUUGAAGUGUACUAGGUUUUGAAGGGGAAACGGUGUGUGCCACUGUUCAGAUGUUUUUUAAUCCUUUUGUAUAUAAGAUAACAUUAGUUAAAUAACCGUAAACACUAUAUGUAAAUAAGUAUUUUACAUGGCGUUUUCACAUCAUAUGAAGUAAUAUGGACAUUGUUACAAUACACAAUUUUUGCGUUUUCGAUUACGGUUGUUCAUACAGCUUAAAAAUGUAAUGCUUUUUUAUAUAUAAAACUAAAGUUUCCAUCUUUUGCGUGAUUCAUAAUGAAAGUUCUAAUACUUCAUUAAAAAUCAGUUCCAUAUGCAUUAAAGAGGUUAAUUGCUCCAUUGAUGUUUUUAAGAAUUUGACAGUUUCUUCCACAAUGUCACAAUGUGCAGUCAUUGUGUUUUGAUUUAUAUUUUUAAAGAUAUAGUUUUACCUUGAAUAAAAUAAAUGAUCCAUUGAUAUAAUAA